AUGUCCCAGCCACAGAAGGUAGACCUCAACUCACUUCCACCACAACAAUUGGUAGAGAUACGUAAAAACAUUGAACAAGAAAUCAAUCAUUUCACCCAAUCCUUACAAGCUUUACAAACAGCACAAUUGAAACUAAAAGAUUGCAUAACGAGUAUAAACAACUUGGAAAAAUCCAAGACCGAUGACAUGUUGGUACCCUUAUCAAGCUCUUUGUAUAUACCAGGCAAAGCGGUCACCAAACAAGAGUAUUUGGUGGAUAUUGGAACGGGGUAUUAUGUCGAGAAAAAGGCAGAGAAUGCUAAAACAGUCUACGAUAAAAAGAUUAAGAAACUAGAUGAAGACGGGAAAAAGUUGAGGGAUAUACUUGUCCAAAAGAAUGAGUUAUUGAAUGGUAUUAAUUUGAUAUUGAGAAGGAAAGUGAUUGAAAUGGAAAAGCAACAAGAAACAAAGGCUUAA